AUGGUAGCCGUUAUUCCUUCAGUUGCAUCCGACGAGGCUAGCAACCACUCGCCGCCAGCCACGGACUUGGCAGUGGGACUCACCAUCCUCGCCAUCUACAUCCUGGCACUAACAUGUCAUGUCAUCUCUUGGCUUCUCACACCCAACGGGCAUCCAACGCAGGAUCCAGUGGCCUCGGAUCAUGAGACUUUAUCCAACAACGACAGUUUUGAGCCGGUGAUGUUAGAUCAAAUUGCCCCUGCACGAACUUACAGGCAGUGGACGGCCGAAAUGAAUGAUGUGGUGAACACCUCAUCCGGUUUCAAUACCUGGUGA